AUGCUUUCCACUCCUGGCGUCGACUUCCAAGGUGGAGAUUUUUGCACGUUGGAAAGCGAUGGGAAGCUGCAGAGACAUGCAUUUCAGAAAGGAGAUGCGCUGGUAUUUCUCUCGCACAAAGCCCACUGCGUAGAGCCCGUGACAGAGGGCCUGCGCCAGACGUUGGUGAUGGAGCUCUGGGAAGGUGAGGAGCGGAGCUGCAAUCACCGGUGUCACCGCCGGACCGGACAUUGUGAGGAAGGGCCCUCGGGAACUGAAGCCGAGGAAAGCCUGAAGGCUGAACUGAUAGCGCAAGAAGGUCCUCGCAUCUUUGCACCGACUGCUUUCGAAGGCAUCGCUUUCUUCCCGAAGGUUGCCCACUUGCUCCGUCAAGGCGCCCGCCGUGGGCUAACAGGCCGAGCCAACGUCGAGGUGAGCUUUGAAGACCCGAGUCCUGUGGCAUUUGUGCGAGCGAAGAGGAAGCUGCAAAUUGGCGAAGUCUUAGCAGCCCAAUUGGAAUCAGCGGAGGGCAGCGAAGUCGAUGCAAGCAGUGCCUCGGAUUCCUAG